AUGGCUAGUGCAGUUUAUGGUGACAGAACGGUGCGAAGAAUAAUUGAAGAUUAUUUCAAAAAUAUUUUUUCAUCAAGUGGUCCCAGGAAUUGGGGAAGUGCUAUAAACUGUAUUGAGAAAGUUGUCACUCUACAGAUGAAUUUGGAGCUGAUACAACCAGUCUUGCUUAAGAAGGUUAAGAAGGCAGCGUUUGAGAUGGGCUCCUUAAAGGCCCCUGGUCCGAAUGGCUUUCAAGGUACCUUUUACUAG